UGACUUUGAUAUGUUACCAGUUUGGCGGGCUGAAUCGUCACCCGACCAUCUCCUCUGUAGUAUGUAUAUAGGUCUUCUGAAUUCCCAUUCAUUAACAGCGUGCCUAUGGGUAUUUGCUAUCCUCCUGUUGGCCCCUUGAUCUUCAGUCAUUCGUUCUUAGUUAUCACUGCUUCUAUCAGUCAUGCGUGCUCAACUUCUAUCGUUGUGCGCCUUUGGCGCAUCUCUAAUUAACGCAUCCCCGGUCGGCCUUGACUGCUACGACGAAUCCUCCUUCAAGCCCGAAGACAUCAUCCAACGCGACGUGCUCAUUGUCGGAGGCGGAGCUACCGGAACAUGGGCUGCUGUUCGUCUUCGGGACCAGAACAAGACCGUCGCCGUCGUCGAGCGGGCGGACAAGCUCGGAGGUCAUGUCGACACCUUUCGAGACUCAACCGGUGCACCCAUCGACUAUGGUGUGCAAGCGUACAUUAAAAACAACCAAACUCUCGAAUUCUUCCAGCGCUUCGGCGUUCAGCUGAACGCCUCCGGUCUGUCGCCCUUCCCAAGCAAGAUUGUCGACUUCAAGACUGGCUUCGCCAUCCCCAACGCCACAGCCGUCGAUCCGAACGCUUUGGUCGGACCUCUGGCGACCUAUCUCUUCGCCACCUCACAAUUUCAAUUCCUUGCCGAUGGCGCUUAUGACAUCCCAGAGAAUGUUCCCGAGGACCUUCUGCUACCAUUUGGCGAGUUUGUCCAGAAGUACAAUCUGACCGAGGUUGUCCCGGUUAUUUGGAUCUUCGCCCAGGGCGUCGGUAAUCUUUUGGAGACGCCAACUCUAUACGUUCUGCAGAACUUCGGACAGCCCCAUCUAUUGGGCCUCUCUGCCGGGUAUCUUUAUGCCCCCGGUGGUAACCAGCAAGUCUACGACAAAGCUGGUGCUUUCCUUGGAAGCGAUGUUCUGUAUUCCAGUGUCGUGGUUGCCUCCAAGCGCACUGAUGAGGGUGUCACAGCUGUUGUUGCUACCGCCACUGGGCGCAAGCUUGUUAAAGCCAAAAAGCUUCUCAUCACCAUACCACCCACACUGGAUAACCUUGCUCCAUUUGACCUCGACAACUCCGAGACUUCUGUUUUCAAGCAAUGGGAGAACGUUCCUUACUAUGUUGGAGUCAUCUCUAAGAGUGGUCUGCCCGACCUGACCAACUACAUGAACGUCGACGUCACCGCUCCCUAUAGCCUUCCCCAGACACCCUUUGUGUGGCGUCUCGAGACAGUCGGCGUGCCGGGGUACCAGACAGUCAAGGUCAUCGGUGAGCCCGACUCUGCCAAGGCCCAGGGCUUGGUUACCGAUGCCGUGCGCAAGAUUGAAGCCUCCGCUGACGGGACUUCCACCACCGGCGGCGACUUCAGCGCAUGGGAAGAGCACUCGAAUCUCCAGCUUCACGUGUCGCCGGAGGCGGUCAAGGCUGGCUUUUAUCGUGACCUUUACGCGCUUCAGGGGAAGAGAAGUACCUACUACACCGGAAAUGCUUGGUGCUCUGAUUACUCUCCCCUUCUAUGGGCAUUCACAGACUCGAGAGUCCUGCCCCACCUUUGAGGAGGUACUUGGAGACACUGUUCAGUAGUCCAGGCCCCCGCCGUUCGCAUUUUCGAUUUGCGCUAUACAAGCUUCAAUCUUGUGAUUUAGUUCUCACCCGAAUCAUUUUGGUUCAAUUAGCCUUUACCAUUUUAUCAUUCUAAAGUUAAAAAUUCAAGAUAAUCAGCGAUAAAUCUAGCGGUAUCUAUGUUCAAAGACGCACGCCGAGACAAGCUACACAGUUCAAGGCUGAGGGUGAAGAUGUCGAAUGGGCUAGCUUCUUUUAGAUUAGAGCUGACAAUCUACCUUGUCUGAUCAACAGCAG